AUGCUCCUCGACGUGCCCCAGGAGUGGUUCGCCCUCGCGCUGGUCGCCGCUCCUCUCCUCGUCACCCUCUGCUUCGUCCGACGCAUCGCCAACCGGCCCGACCACGCCCAAGCGGUGAACCUCUUUGUCUACCCGAUCAAGUCGUGCGCCGAGGUGGCUGUGCAGAGCGCCACGGCCACGCCGCGCGGGUUCGAGGGCGACCGCCUCUUUCAGUGCACGGACAAGCAUGGCAAGUACUGCACUCCGCGCGACGACGACAAGGCCCGGCUCUUCAAA